UCUUUUCAUGGCCGAAGGUAUCACGUUCGACAGCGCCAAGGGCGAGGUCGAUCUCGCGUCCGGCCAUCGUCGCUGGGUGCGCGAGGCGCUCGAGCGGCGGCUCAAGAAGGCGACAGCGACCGGCACCGUCGACUUGAGCGGGCCGCACGCGUCGAGCCUCGUGUCUGGCCACGCGAGCCUCCAGCUCGAUCUCGUGCCCAAGGAGCUCUUCGCGACAGCAUCCAAAUUGGCUUGGGCAAAGACGCAUCUGCGGCGACUGUACCUCACCAACAACUCGCUCUCGCUCUUGUCGCCCGAAGUGGCUCUUUUCCAGCAGCUACGCGUCCUCGGUCUUGGCGGGAACGCGCUGACGUCGCUGCCGACCGAGAUUGGCGCCCUCCCGCACCUGGAAGCGCUCUAUGCUGAGCGCAACCAGCUCACGUGUGUCCCCGAGUCGCUCGGGCGCUGCAAAAAGCUAGCAACCGUGACGCUCGACUCCAACCGGUUUCGGACCUUUCCGCUGCCGCUCACGCAGUGCCGUCGCCUCCAGCACUUGAGUUUGAGCCACAACGAACUCUCGGCGCUGCCACCGCAAAUCCGCCGCCUCUCGUGGCUCCUCGAACUCAAUUUGGACUACAACCGCCUUGGGCCCGACUUGCCACAUGAAAUGAUGUACUUGAAUCGGCUCCAGCGGCUCGGACUCGAUAUGAACCGGCUCGGAAGCGUGCCUCACUGCGUGCUCAUGCUGCCGCAGCUCACAAACGUUCGCCUCAACGGCAACCGAACGUCCAACUACGUCGUCAAGGACUCGGUGACAGGCGACGUGCUCGAGAGUAUCAACGUACCGGUGCGCCACGACGGCUACUUGCAGCUGCGCGAGGCCGUCAUGACCAAAGACGAAGGCAGCAACGUGUACAAGAAGCGCAUCCAGCACCUCGACGGCCUCGUACCCGCCACGGACCUCAACCUUGAAAAUGCUUUUCACGACCGCGACAAGGACGAGAUUGGUCGCAAGAUCCUACAUGGCCGCAAGUAG